AUGGGGCCGCGGGAGCCCCGCCGCCGGCUGGAGGCGGUGCUCGGAGCCCUCUACGACCUGGGCGAGGAGCCCGGCGGCGCCCUCAGCGCUGCGCAGCUCGGCGAGAGGAGCGCAGGGGCGGCGGCGGCGGAGGAAGGAGCGGAGGAGGAGAGCCGGGGGCUGCAGCCGGCGGCGGGUGGGCGGCGCGGGGCCCGCGAUUUCUUCGGGGAGCUGCGGGCCGAGCUGAGCGCCGCCGCCGCCGCCGCUGCCCCGCCGGCCCCGGUGGCGCCGCCGGCCGUGGAGGUCGUGGUGUUCCACGGGAGGAAGAGGAAGGAGCGGCACAGCCCCGCGGCAGCGCCAGCCGGCGGAGCCCAGACCCAAAUAGUGAAUGAAGAGACAAAUGUGAACAAACAAGAAUUUAACUUUGAAAAAGCUCGUCUGGAAGUGCACAAGUUUGGAAUCACUGGCUACAAGAAGCAUGAACAACGCAUAUGGGAACAGGAGCGUGCUAUCAUGCUGGGAGCCAAGCCCCCCAAAAAGGAACAUGUGAACUACAGGACUUAUCAAGAGAAAAUGAAAGAGAAAAAAGCAGUGAAAGAUGCUGAUAAGGAAAAGGAACAUAAGGGUGAUUCUCUUAAGAAGAAGAAGAAAGAACAGAAGGAGAGGUGA